GAAAAAUUACAAAAUUACAAGAAUUGAAGAUAUAAAGAUUUAUGGGUAUUUGCUUUUUUCUAAAAAUAUCAGUUGUUUUGCUAAGUGUGUGUCCUGCUUUAAAUCAAGAAGAAGAUUUCUUAGGGUUAUUCCAGCCUAACCCAUCUUUCCCACAUGAGCUAAAUGAAUUCUACGCGACAAUACAAAAUUACAAGGAUGAUUUUAAGGAAAUCAGAGAACUGGACAAACGAAAGUAUCGGUCAACAUAUGACGAAGAUUACGAUAGUUUAAAUAAUUAUAAGUUCAAAAGAGAAUUUAGUUUAGACUCCCAUCCUGGAAAUGAUAUUUACCCGUACAUGUACAGUAAUAAGAACGAUAACCCCAGGACGUUUAUGAGUCCGGAAGAAAACAUUAGGUACAGAAGACAUUUACCCUACGGCAUAUUAAUAAAUGAUAACGGAAAAUCCGGAGAAUCCAAUUCUAUAGAAAGCAAAUAUCCGGAAAGGUUUAGAAACCAGCAACGAUUUGUCAGACAAAAAUUCAAAAAGCCCACUUAUGAAAUGGUCAAUUAUCAAUCUUCAGACUCGAAAAGACCCAUAUACAUUAACCAGGAAGAUGAACCUUUGAUGGAUAAAUUUGUGGAAAACCCGAAACCUGUUAUGGUAAAAAUCCUUCAUGAAAAUGACGAAACUAAUGAAGCCAAUCAGCAAAUAGUAAGAGAUGCGCCUCAAAGUAAUGACUUGAGUAACAAUAAUGAGUCAAGUAAUGCAAAUGAAGAAGAAACCGAAGACCCAACGCUCUUAAAUAAACUAUUGGAUACAAACGCCAAAGAAACUGACAUACAGUCUGUAAGAUUUGUUGAUAAAGCGCCUUUAGUAAACUCAUAUUCUUCAUACUCAGAGGGCCAAAAUGCUUCUUAUAUCGAACCAAAUCCCAGCGUAAACCUUAAUGAACUGGCUGCAAAGGGACCAGAUGGAUUAAUUGAAGAAAAAUCCGGAUUAAAAGGUGGUAAUUUUAAAACCAUAGCAAUAAUGACGGCCCCAAAUAAAAACAAUAUGCUGAAAAAACCACUACACAAAGACUUUUCCAAAUCAAACAUUAAAAACGAUUCCAAAGUUUACAUAAACGAACCGCCUAAAAAUGUUCACCAUGCUUUGUAUCCCAGUGUCAAUCAAAGUUUUAUAGAUUCAAACAUCGACUCCAAUGUUAACAUAAAGUCCGAAGAAGAACAAAAUGACGUUGAGGAAAAUGAGCAGCAGAAAACUUUAUUGGAAAACCAGAACGCUCCCAAUUCUUUAACCUACUCAGACAUGAGUAACUACUGGACGAACAUGGAAAAGCAGCAAAUCCAUAAGGGUAUCGAGAAAGCCCAGGGUCAGGAUAGUGAAGAUAAGGCAAAAGUCAUUGCAAUGGCUUUGGACAUAAAGCAAGUUCACGAGCAAAGUACGGAAAUGAGGGAAAAGGGCUUUGAGGCCAUGCAGAGCAUCACUUUGCCAUCACUGCGGGAUAUUAAAGAUCGUGACGAGGAAAUUGUGGGAGAGGAGAAAAGAUCAAUUUUUAAAGAAGACAUGCCAAGUUAUAAUGGCAAAAAUAAUGGCGAGGAUACGAAUCGUUCACCAGUUUUUUCCAGCAUCAUUCUGGAACCGAGAGCACAAGAAAGCAUGUACCAAGGUAACGCCGAAUUCAAUGAUUACAGAAAUGCCAAAAUGUCAGGUGUAAACCGAUACCUAAACAAAAAAAACGAAAUUGUCUAUGAAGACGAUCCAGAAUCUAAACUGAUAAAACGUAUUCUGGGUGAUAAAUCUAAAACCAAUCCGGACUUUGGAACAAAUUACGAAGGAACACCAAUUCCAUUCGUGAACUUUCCCAGCAUUGUCUUUUCUCCGAACCAUAUACAGGCACCCUCUACAGUAAACGAAAGCACCGUUCAAAGUGAUCUAAUUCAAAGAACACUGCAAGAAGUUUUACCCUAUAAAAUGAAAUCGUUACAACCAAUAUACACCAAUGACAGCAAAUAUAUAAACAGUUUUUUAAGACAGCAAAAAAGAGGAAUCCCGCCCAGAAUACUAAAAUCGCAUGGACAUUACCCGAAACAAAGCAUCGAAGAAGAAGAGGACAGCGAACAGGAACCGUAUAGUAAAAGCGAUUUGGAAGCUUUAAAGGCAAAAUUAAUAAGGUACAAGGCUAAUGGAUUAAAUAGUAAAAGAAGGGAGUCAAGGUUGCAGAGGUUUAAACGAGAAAUAACUCCUGAUAAUGAUUAUAAAUGCCAUCUUAUGCGUAAGCUGCAAUCUCUUGAACAAAAAGACAGCACCAGCUUGUCAGAAGAUAGUGAAACUACUGAUGCAGCACUGGCAAUGCCAAAAUUGGACGAUUUAGAAUAUAAAUCGGAAAAUAAAUUCUUUGAAACAGAAAACCUCAUUCCACCGAGAAUACUAAGAACUCACGGACACAUGUUGCAUAUGCACAGAAAAGAAAAAGAACAAAGUAUAGAAGCGAUCCUCAAAGGAAUUCAGACAAAAACACCGUCACAUAUUGCCUUGCCAAAAGAAACUAACCAUAAAGAAGAACCGUAUGGCAAAACCGACUUGGAAGAGCCAUAUAGUAAUAGCGAUUCGGAACCAUUUUCAGAAAAAAAUCCAAGUGAACUCUAUGGCGGUGUAAAACCAAAAAUAUCCGAUUUAAGGUUAGAAAGAGAAAUCACUUCUAAGCGAGAUAAUAAAUGCAAUUUUAUGUGUGGAUUACGGUCCCUGGAACAAAAGACAACUAUGAAGCCAGAAAUAGAUGUUCAUAGAGUCCACGAGCAAAGUAUGGAAAUGAGGGAAAAAGGCUUUGAGGCCAUGCAAAGCAAUACUUUGCCAUCACUGCGGGAUAUUCAUGAUUAUGACGAGGACGUUGUGGAAGAAGAGAAAAGAUCAAUUUUUAAAGAAGACAUGCCAAGUUAUAAUGGCAAGGAUACAAAUCGUUCACCGGUUUUUUCGAAUAUCGUUCUGAAACCUAAAGCACAAGAAAGUAUGUACCGAGAAAACGCCGGCUUCAAUGAAUAUAAAAUUGCCAAAAUGUCAGGUGUAAACCGAUACCUAAACAAAAAAAACAAAAUUGUCUGUGAAGACGAUCCAGAAUCUAAACUAAUAAAACGUAUUUUGGGUAAGAAAUCUAAAACCAAUUCGAACUUUCCCAGCAUUGUUUUUUCUCCGAACCAUAUACAGUCACCCUCUACAGUAAAUGAAAGCACCGUUCAAAGUGAUCUAAUUCAAAGAACACUUCAAGAAGUUUUACCCUAUAAACUGAAAUCGUUACAGCCAAUAUACACCAAUGACAGCAAAUAUAUAAACAGUUUUUUAAGACAGCAAAAAAGAGGAAUCUUGCCCAGAAUACUAAAAUCGCAUGGACAUUACCCGAAACAAAGUAUCGAAGAAGAGGAUACCGAACAGGAACCGUAUAGUAAAAGCGAUUUGGAAGCUUUAAAGGCAAAAUUAAUGAGGUACAAGGCUAAUGGAUUAAUUAGUAAAAGAAGGGCGGCAAGGUUGCAGAGGUUUAAACGAAAAAUACCUCCUGAUGAUUAUAAAUGCCAUCUUAUGCGUAAGUUGCAAUCUCUUGAACAAAUGGACAGCACCAGCAUAUCAGAAGAUAGAAACACUACUGAUUUAGCACUAGCAAUGCCAAAAUUAGACGAUUUAGAAUACAAAUCGGAAAAUAAAUUCUUUGAAACAGAAAACCUCAUUCCGCCGAGAAUACUAAGAACUCACGGUCACAUGUUGCAUAUGAACAGAAACGAAAAAGAACAAAGUAUACAAGCGAUACUCAAAGGAAUUCAAACAAAACCACCUUCACAUAUUGCCUUGCCAAAAGAAACUAACCAUAAAGAAGAACCAUAUGGCAAAACCGAUUUGGAAGAACCAUAUAGUAAUAGCGAUUCAGAACCAUUUUCAGAAAAAAAUCCAAGUGAACUCUAUGGCGGUGUAAAACCAAAAAUAUCCGAUUUAAGAUUACGGUCCGUGGAGCAAAAGAAUGAAAAUUCAACGAGCGUGCCAGCAAUAAAGUCCAAAAGAAAUGUGAGAAAUUCCUCAACUUCAACAACUUUGAAUCCAGAAAUAGAUGAUAGCUCCUUCGACGAUGAUGUAGAAUUCAACCCAGCGAAAAUAUUCUUCCAAUCGAAACACGUCAUUCCACCGAGAAUAUUGCGAACCCAUGGCCAUGUGUGGCAAAGCAAAGUCAGCGAAAAAGAGAAUAAUAUGGAGGCGUUAUUGAAUGAUAUAUCGGAAGCAAGAAAAUUGAUAAAGCACAAUGAUGACAAAGAACCGCGCGUAAAGAAAAGGGCAACUAUUCCAAAACCUAAGAGAGGUAAGGGAAUUAAACCUAAUUCACAUGGUAGAGUAAUCAACUCCGACGAAGAUGAAAAAGAUAUAUUGAUUUUAGAUGAAAGCAAAGAGGCAGUAAAUAAUGAUAACUCUGAGUUUACGUAUGACGAUGACGAAAAUCAAAAUUCUGUUAUUUCUAAAAAGGCGGCAAGAGCCGAAGGUGACUAUGGUGACGAAGAAGACUCGACGAAAGAAAAGAUGAAUAAUGUUAAAGCAUUAAAGAAAACCAAAAAUAAGUUUUCAAGUCCCUCGAUACCAAUGGAUAGUCUGGAAGAUUAUCUUAACGAAGACAUUAAUGAUUCUUUUAAGAAACCUGCUAAUGCACUAAAUCAAGAAAAUAUUAACGUACAAGAACCAAGUGAUAUGAACAUUCUUGAAGGCAUCAAUGUCCCUUUUAAGAAACCUGCCAAUUUACAACAACAAGUAAAUGUAAAGAUGGAAGGAGAAAUAAAUGCUCCAAGUGAUAUCAGAACUCUUCAAGAACAGCCAGAGUUUUCCCACCAUCGCCCGAAAUUGUUUAAAGAAAAAUUUAAAAAGUCCACCGAAAAACCCAACUACCCUCACCCUAUAAUCACCAACAAAUUUAAAGAUUACGUUUUUAAAUUGAACGGGGAAAAUCCUCUAGCCACUACGGAAGUGUGGAAACACUUUCAAAGAGAAAUAGCCAGCGAACGAGAAGACUCGGAUUUCAAACACUGGCCAAAAUACGUGGUGGACGAUAUGAACAAACGCGAACAAAUCAAAAAGAGAUCCUUAACUAGUAAAAUUGCUGCGGCAGAUGAACAGCCAAUUGAUUACUUUAUCAGACAGGAAAGAGAAGAAAAGGUUAAUAUUACCACCACGCCAGCUUUAACAACAACAUUUGAAGUUUCGACGAAUUUAUACGGCUGCAAAACUGUAAAUCUUAGCCAAUUCAGUCCCACUGAUAAUGAUUCGUUGGCUUCCACAACUCCUACAACUACUGUGAACAAUUUGGCAACAAUGAUUCCCAUUGGUGACGAGGAUGAUGAUGAACAAACUACAACUGCAGAGGACGCAACUGAAAUAGAUGUUUUUGAUGAUUUUCUAAACGGCGACUUAAGCAGCAAUAUACUGAGAACUGUCAAAGAUAAUGUAGAUAACAAAUUGACUCUUAGAAAGAAGUAUCAUAUUGGUCCUGUCAUACAUUCAUUCAAUGGUCUUUGUACAACACAAAAAUCCGAAGACAACAAACAUUCCCGUCAACCUCAAGAAAUAAUAUUGGCAAAAAAGUUGUUAGAUUCCGUGAGUAAGAUAUUGAAUGCGUAUUUGACGAAUUUCAACCUGCAAACCGUAAUCACUCAACCAAAAUGCCUGGAAUUGUCGGUAAACCUUAAAGAUUUUCUGAACAAUCUUAUAACGGUCCCGAAAUGUGACAACCCAAUGGAAAAAACAAUGGAAAUGGAGGAAAUGGACACCGAAGAACCAAACGCUUCACCCUUUCUAUUCAAGAUGCAAAAUAAGGAGGUGCUAAUGGAGCAAAAUAAACAGGAGGAAGUUAACAAGAAAACCGCCGUUCUUAAGCAACUGUUGAGUAAAUAUGAGAAACUGCCGGAGAAGUGCAAAAUUCGGGCGAAACCUGUCAAGGAGUUCAUCAUCAAGCAUUUAAGGCUAUUGAAAAAUGUCAACAAACCUGUGCGGUCCUUCAACGAACCUUUGGACCAACCCGUCAGUUUUUCGGCGGAAAGUGUGGAUGAAAUUCUAACCGAAAACAGUCUUAUGCAGGACCCUGUGGAACAACAGCUAGAAAGCGUAGGUUUGGGAAGAAAACGGGAAGACUUCCAGCCCAAUUUUGACUUAAAAGAUAUUAUCGAAUCUCGUACCAACCUUGCGCAUCCAGCUGCAGCCCCGGUUGCGAAAAGGGAAGCUUCAAUACCCACCAAAAGAUUUUUAAAGCUCUACGAUGCUGUCAAACAUUUGAGACAAAGACGAGAAAGCGAAGAUAAGAUUGGGGAGUUGUAUGCUGGAAAAGCCCAAAAGGACAGUAGGGAUAAGCUAUCGAACGUAAACUUUGAAUCGCCUCUAGUGUAUAGUUUAUAAACAAUAGUUAAUUUUUUACAAAUUAUAUCUUUUACAUACAUUGUAUUUAUUAGUAAAGUAUUCUUCUAUAAUGGACCUUUUAAUAUAAAUUUAUAAAGGAAUAAAAAUUCAGAAGUAACAUUGGAAAAGUGUAUUCCCUGUAGAGAAAAAACAAUCGUG